ACAUCCAAGAAGUUUAUUCCAUGCAACAACCGUUAAGGGCAUGCUGUAGUUUUUUAUUUUCCGCUCAUAUGCCAUUUGUAAUUAAGUUUGACGUUUUUUAAUUUCUCCUAAUUUCAAAACAUCUGCAUGAAAAGUUUCAUGGAAAAGGAAAACGUUUUGGAUAAGUCGACGUGAUAGCGAGCAUCCCGUCGAUAUGUUGUUUUUACUAGAAAACCAGGUCAGUGUCAGUGUUUGGACGGACUCAUCCUCAUCUUCCUCCUCCUCAUCAUCCUCCACCGAACUGAUCCAUGCUGCGGUUCCGCCGUCCGUGCAGCUCGGUCUCACGGUUCUCUACACGGUUUUGUAUUCGCUGCUCUUCGUGUUUGUUUACCUGCAGCUCUGGUUGAUUCUGCACUACGGACACAAGCGCUUCAGCUACCAGAGUGUUUUUCUCUUUCUGUGUUUACUCUGGUCGGCACUGAGGACGACUCUCUUCUCUUUCUACUUUAAAAAUGUUGUUCAAGCCAACCAGCUUCAGCCUUUGCCGUUCUGGCUCCUGUAUUGUUUUCCAGUCUGCCUGCAGUUCUUCACCCUGUGUCUGCUCAACCUUUAUUUUGCUCAGGUGAUUUUCAAAGCCAAAGCAAAGUAUUCCCCGGAGCUCAACAAGUACAAGGUGCCCCUGCGUCUAGGAUUUCUGCUGGCCAGUGUUUUUUUCCUGGUGGUGAAUGUGACGUGUGCCAUGCUGGUUCAGGGUGAUGCGGAUGAGAGUCAGGUGAAGGAUGCCGUCCUGGCACGAGUUCUGGUUAACGACAGCCUCUUUGUGCUCUGUGCGAUCUCACUUGCCAUCUGCAUCUUCAAGAUCGCUAAAAUGUCUUCUGCCAACGUCUACCUGGAGUCAAAGGGGACAUCAGUAUGCCAGGCCACGGCCAUUGGGGCGGCAGUUAUCCUCCUCUACACAUCCAGAGCCUGUUAUAACCUGGUUGUGGUGGCUCUUUCUCCUGAAGAUCGGCCCAGCCCGUUUAAUUAUGGCUGGUACAAUGUAUCUGACCAGGCGGAUGCAGAGAAGAUCAAUGGGGAAGCCUAUGUGGUCUUUGGGAUCAUCCUGUUCUUCUGGGAGUUGCUGCCCACCAGUCUGGUAGUGGUGUUCUUCAGAGUGCAGCGGCCCAAUCAGAACCUGACACCGGGUGGCAUGAUCAACAGUCACAGCUUUAGUUCCAGAGCGUAUUUCUUUGACAACCCACGCCGCUAUGAUAGUGAUGAUGAUCUGUCUAGAAACACAACUUCCCGAGGGGAAAGAUGCAGUAUCUUGUCAUCCACACCGCAGACGGGCCCAGGUUGGUAUGGCUCGAUCCAGAGGAACAGCAGCCUAACAGCGAUCCCUCACCUGCUGAACGGCCCCCAAACAUCAACCGCCCCUCUUCUCUUUUCCUACGGCAAUAUUCAGACCAACCAACACCACAAUUACUACUCCACCCCCCAGAACUACUACUCAAGCUCCCAGACACACUACUCCACCCCUCCGAACUAAUGCAGAAGUGGAUUGAUCUAGUCUGAGGUGUGACUCAGCCAGGACACCAUUGAGCAAUGCUUUAUGGUCGUCUUGGCCCUCAGUCAGUUCAUCUGCCCACAUUAAAACGGAAAGAAAUGAAUGGGACCAUACGAAGGUGAUGGGGGAAGGUUUGUUUGGACCAAAUGGACCAACUUUUCCAAUGCUCUCAUUUCUAAAAAAAAAAACAUCCAUCUAAUCACCCAAUAUUGGCACAAUGAGCUCCUAGGAGCCUUCAGCACAUGGACUCCCCUCUGUGAGUUGGGAUGUGCUUUUUGCACUUAUUGUGGGCCUGUGUGAUAUGUUUGGAUCAGUUGGAAUAGUUGUAGGCCAGAAUGUGUUGAUUUGUUGGUGGCGAGGUUUUUCUGUUUUUGGAGAGUACGUCUUUUAUAUUCCAUCGUUUUGGAGAAAGAGCACAACCUCCUUGUGCAUCUGAGACGACCAAGUGAAAUAGCAUUCUGGAUCCGUCGUGCACUGACAUUCACAUGACUCUUUCUUGAAUUCCUUUAACGUUUUUAAUACAUUGCCAAAGAGCCUGUGCUUAAAACCAAGGUAGUACAUUUUAACGCUUCCCAAAGACAGAGAGACAUCCGGUUCCUACAAUCCCAGAACCAACGACUCAAAUGUGUGACUAGGAAGACUAACUCUACUUACGUCCACUGAUAUUUUGGUACUUGGCUUUUGAAGGACAUUGUGGGCUCGUGGGGGAAUUUACCUGCAUAUAUCAGUAGUCCAAAUCUAGAAUAUCGUUCUCCAGGGAUGCCUGAAAUGGUGCCAUCGUAUGAUUUUCCUAGCUGAAAACAUGUUGCACAAAAUGAAUGUUUGGAUUGAACAUGUUUCAUGAGCUUUAUAUCAUCAUUCCUGUAUAAUUGUAUUUCAGGAGCAUGACUGGUCAGCAAUUGAUCAACAUAUCCAGCUUUAAUGAAACGUUCCUUUCCAUCUUCCUAAAAAAGUAAUUGUGUUUUAGCAAAACAAAUAAGCUUAUUAUUCGCUAAUUUGCUGCUCCUUAUGUUAUAAGCUGUGUACAAUAUAUCAGCAAUCAUUCGGCUGAAGCUAUCAUCAGUUGUGGUGUAAAUAUGAUGAAUGGGCAGCUGUAGGGUUGAAACUCCAUAUGCACCUGCUCUAUUAUUGGAUUUAUUUUUAAAAUGAGUUUUACAUUGCGUCUUACUGGGUUUUAUUUACUCUGUAUGGAAAAAGUGGAUGAUUUUAGUUGAUUUGGACAUCAGAUCAGCCUCAUGUCUUAUUUCCUUGCUUUCUGCCAGCUGAUGUGUAGCAAAGUUUUUCAGUUAUGAGAGAACUAGAGCAUUAAUUGAUGGAAAUGUUAUGCAUUUGAUUGAAUGCCGAUUAGGUUAAUUUCCUGAAAAACUACAGAUGAGAUGGGGCUUUGUGUUUGAGUUGGUUGGUUUCUUUUUAUCUUUAUUAAUUUAUAAAUGUAAGUCUGAAAAAUGUUACUGUGAAAUUUGUCAUAUCAGCUUGCAAAAGAGCAAGUAAAGCCUUUGUUUUUUUUUUGUUCGAGGCCAAUGAAUGUAACUUGUUUACCCAUGUUCAUAGUUAAUAAAAAAUGUACACAAGCACUACCAAUAAAAAAAAUAAAGUUUUAUUGCAUUGUUUUAAAAA